UGUUGACUUCCGGGUGUCUGUUCGACGCUGGGCUGAGGCGGCGAGUUAUUUUGUGCUCUUCCGACACUUUUAAAGUCAAAAUGAAUCGUAUUUUUGGAAUGGGGAAACCGAAAGGUCCAGCGCCGAACCUCACGGACUGCAUUGGAACCGUUGAUUCCAGGACAGAGUCCGUGGACAAGAAAAUCGACAAACUGGACGCCGAGCUGGUGAAGUACAAAGAUCAGAUGAAGAAGAUGAGAGAUGGGCCGUCUAAGAACAUGGUCAAGCAGAAGGCGAUGAGGGUCCUGAAGCAGAAGAGAAUGUACGAGGGCCAGCGGAACAACCUCAUGCAGCAGUCCUUCAACAUGGAACAAGCCAACUACACCAUCCAAACCCUGAAAGACACCAAAACAACAGUGGAUGCCAUGAAAGGCGGCCUGAAGGACAUGAAGAAAGCCUACAAGACUGUCAAACUUGAUCAAAUCGAGAAUAUUCAAGACCAGCUGGAGGACAUGAUGGAGGACGCCAAUGACAUCCAGGACGCGCUGGGAAGGAGCUACGGCACACCUGACAUCGAUGAGGACGACUUGGAAGCAGAGCUGAGCGCUCUGGGAGAUGACUUCCUGAUGGAUGAGGACACCUCCUACUUGGACGACGCCGCCACCGUCCCUUCCAUACCCGAGGGUUUGCCUGGAGCCAGAUCCAACAGGGACGGCGUCAUGGUGGACGAGUUCGGCCUUCCUCAGAUUCCUGCUUCAUAAAAGCCGAGUCAGGACACAUGUAUCAUAGCUUUUUCUUCCUCUAUUUAUCCAACUGACACUCCUGCUUUGGAAGGACGCCUCUGAAGCCCAAGAUGCAAUCACUAACAAGGACCUCAGGUUUUUCUUAUCAUUCUUCAUGAUUCAUAUAUGAGCUCGACCAGGGGUGUCUAAUUUCGGCCCGCAGCUCCUUUUUUAUUGGCCCUCGGCAGAUUGUAAAAAUUAUAUAAAUUCGUUAUUAUCUUGA